AUGGCGGAGUGUGUACUACGUAUAGCACAACCGGUGCUUUUGGGCUUUAUUAUAGACUACUUUAACAGCGAGAACGGUAUAUCAUUCUCGAUGGCCUGUUGGUCGGCUGGGGGUGUGUGCCUGUGCUCAGCCCUAUUCAUAGCCCUGUUUCACCCGCACCUGGUGCUGGUCAUGGAGUUGGGUAUGCGAAUGCGCAGUGCCUGCUGUACUCUCAUGUAUAAAAAGGCACUCAGACUCAGCCGCACUUCCAUGGGUAAGACCACUGUGGGUCAAAUUAUUAAUCUUAUGUCCAAUGAUGUCCAGCGAUUUGAUGAGUUUACAUUAUACUUGAGCUAUAUGUUUACUACUCCAAUACAAGUGGCUUUGGCUCUGUAUAUAAUAUACGGCGAAUUGAACUGGGUCUGUUUUGUCGGCAUGGGUAUUAUGAUAUUGUUUAUCGCGUUCCAGGGUUUCAUGGGCAAACUGUUUUCAAUGGCCAGGGGUAUGACAGCCGGAUUAACGGACACCCGGCUCCGGCACAUGAGCGAGAUCAUUUCGGGAAUGCGGGUCAUCAAAAUGUACGCCUGGGAGAACUCGUUCGCUGAUUUAGUAUCCAAGGCUCGAAAAAAAGAGGUAUCGCGUAUACGACUGUCAGCCCUGUUAUGGGCCGCCAAUCUAGCCAUAUAUUUUGUGGCCACACGUAUUAUACUGUUUGUCUGUUUUAUCAUCGUGGUGUUAACUGGCAAUACACUGACCGCAAAAGCCGUAUUUGUGACGUUGACAUUUUUUAACACACUCCGGCACAGUGUAACCUAUCAGGUGCCCAAAGGUAUAGCGCUUGGCGCUGAGAUUAUGGUCUCGUGCCGUCGGAUUCAGACAUUCCUAGAGUUGGAAGAGAUUAAUUUAAAGCCAAAACAAAUGAUUAAUAAUAAAACUUAUUCAGCUGAUAAAUAUAAUGAUAAUAAACUAUCAAACGAGCUCAAAUCAGAUAUUAUUAAUAAUCCUUAUAAUGAUUUGGACACAAAACUCGUGGUGAAUAAUAUCAACGCCAAAUGGGAUCAUGACACACCACACAAUACUCUUCGGGAUAUAUCGGUAUCACUAAAAUCUGGUGAUUUGUUGGCAGUCAUAGGGCCAGUCGGGUCGGGAAAGAGCUCGUUUCUAAUGGCACUGCUUAAUGAGCUACCGGUGCUCAGCGGCGAUAUGCUGAUAUCGGGCACAGUUGCCUACGCGGCUCAGGAGCCCUGGAAUUUUAACGAUAGUGUCCGAAAUAAUAUAUUAUUUGGCCGGGAGUAUGACGAGGACAGGUACAAACAAGUGGUAGAUGUGUGCGCACUGGAGAGGGACCUACAGAUAAUGCCUUAUGGUGAUAAGACACUGGUUGGUGAAAAGGGUCUGUCACUGUCUGGUGGGCAGAAGGCCAGGAUUAAUUUAGCUAGAGCUCUGUACCGAAACACCGACAUUGUAUUAAUGGACGAUCCGUUAAGCGCUGUGGACGCCUCAGUGGCCGAGCAUAUAUUUGAUAGAUGUAUCGUCGACUACCUAUCGGCCAAAAUCCGUAUUUUGGUCACACACCAGAUCCAGUUCGUACGUAAGGCGAGUCACAUACUGGUGCUGGACGAGGGCCGGUGCGCCGGUUACGGCACGUUUGAGCAGUUGCAGGCCCAGGGGCUCGACGUUAUGGCACUGCUCAGCGAACAGGAGAGACAGGCGGCCGAAGAGCAGCGGCAACAACUCCAGCGGACAGUAUCCAUGACUAGCAGUCAUAGCGGCGGUAAAGGCGACCACUCGUUACGGUCCCGGAACUCGUCCCGUACGGCGUCGAUGGCACUCUCCGAACGGUUUGACGACAUUAACCCUGAGACAAUAGAUGCUGACGAGAACAGCGAUGGCGCCCCCCAUAUACAGGAGGAACAGCGAGAGGUGGGCGCUAUCGGUGGCAGUGUUUACUGGGAGUACGUCAAAGCCGGCGCCGGACCCGUACUGUUCAUAUUGAUGGUGAUAUCGGCCCUUUUAUCUCAGGCCAUAUUUCACGGCGCCGACAUUUUUCUAACUCAAUGGACUGAUAAACAGAAAAGUAAGACAGACCUAAGCGACGAUGAGCAGCACCGGGAUGUGUACAUAUACGCCGGCCUUAUCGGUGCCCUAUUUGUCACAACACUCAUACGUACGACCACGUGGUUUGCAAUGUGUAUGCGGGCCUCUAUUAAUCUACACAAUAAAAUUUUUGUUCGACUAUUGCGGGCACCGAUAGCCGUGUUUGACGCAAACCCUGUUGGUCGAAUAUUAAACCGAUUUACAAAAGAUAUGGGUAUUGUUGACGAGCAGUUACCAGCUACUGGGUUUGACCUAAACAUGAAUUUCCUGCAAUUACUGGGCGUAAUGGUGGUUGUGGCCAUGGUCAAUCCAUACUUAACUAUACCUGCAAUAGGACUAAUAAUAUUCACUAUGAUUGUACGCAAUAUAUACAUUAAAACGGCCAGGGACAUUAAACGAUAUGAGGGACUAAUAAUAGACAAACCCCACCUAUUUGACCUAGCUCGGAGCCCAGUGUACUCGCACGUGAGCACAACAUUGAACGGGUUGGCCAGUGUGCGCGCCUACGGGGCGCAGGAAGUGUUUGAGCGUCAAUUCUACGUAUACCAAGAUGAUCACUCGGCCACCUGGUUCCUAUUCGUGUGCUCGUCCCGCGCUUUAGGCCUAAUCACUGAUUGGCUUUGCAUCGCGUAUAUCGUGUCCAUAUCGGUGGUGAUAAUGGCAUUUCCUAAUGCCAUCACUGGUGGUCAGGUGGGUCUGGCAUUUUCAUCAGAAAACAUUAUUUGCACUAACGAACCCAUAUUUACCGUAGUGUUAAUGUUGGUCAACACCACUCAAUGGGGAGUCCGACAGUCCACUGAGUUUGAGAGCCAAAUGACUUCAGUCGAGCGGAUCGUCGAGUACUCCAAACUACCGCAAGAGGCGGUCGAAACGGCCCCUAUGGCCGGCCCUAUUGGCACCGGUGGCUGUUGGCCGCCGUCCGGGUGGCCACAGGCCGGACAAAUAGUCUUGCAAAACAUGUCCCUAUACUACGAGGGCUCGGAUAAACCGGUGCUGCGAAACCUGUGCUGCGCUAUCGGCGCCGGCGAAAAGGUGGGCAUUGUUGGCCGCACGGGCGCCGGCAAGUCGUCCAUCAUAGCGGCCCUCUUCCGAUUGGCCGAACCCCAGGGACAGGUAGUGGUCGAUGGGGUCGACACCAAAAGUGUUGGCCUGCGUGAGCUCAGGCGUCGCAUAUCAAUUAUACCGCAGGAACCGGUAGUGUUCACCGGCACUGUCAGGCAUAAUCUCGAUCCGUUUGGCGAGUUUGCCGACCCGGAUAUAUGGGCCGCGUUGAAUGAGGUCCAGUUGGGCCACACGGUUCGUGAGCUGCCCGGCCAAUUAGACGGCGCUCUUAGCGAAGGGGGCGGCAAUUUGAGCGUAGGUCAGCGCCAGUUGGUGUGUUUAGCGCGGGCUAUACUCCGCGACAAUAGGGUACUGGUGUUGGACGAGGCGACAGCCAAUGUGGACAUACAGACCGAUGCGCUCAUUCAGACUACGAUUAGGCGUCGGUUUGCCGAUUGCACUGUACUUACAAUCGCUCACAGACUUAACACAAUCAUUGAUUGCGAUCGAGUUUUG